AAAUAUGGGCAUCACUCAAGCUGAGAUGGCUAUGAUGGGCUUGGUCACGCUGUUUCACAAAUACACUGGGAAAGAUGAUAUGAUUGACAAGACAGUCCUGUUGAAGAUAUUGAAGGAGAAUUUCCCCAACUUCUUCCAUGCCUGUGACAAAAAGGACACAGAUUACUUGGCCAAUAUCUUUGACAAAAAGGACAAGACUAAGGAUAAGAAGGUUGACUUUUCCGAGUUCCUCUCCUUGCUGGGGGACAUAGCCGCGGACUACCACAAUCAGAGCCACGGGGCGGAGCCCUGUUCGGGGGGAAACGAGUGAUCCCCACUCAGAGGCCUCCAGAGACCCCAGGACACAAUAAAUGUCUCUUC